CAGUUUCCGCCGCACUGCCUCUCUUCACGACGGUAUUCUUGCUCAACAGAAUCCAUUGGCGUGCCAUAUUUAUAUCUUUUAUCAAUUACUUCUUUCUGGAUUUGCUCACGCAUCAUCUACAUUCAUAUCUGAAUGCAUACAUACAUACACACACCACAAUCACAUACAUAUACAUCUUUCAUCUUUGUAGUUUUAUUGACAAUCUUCUUCAAUUAGUUGUGGGUUUUUGAUUUCUGGGCUUUUGUCUAUAGUUGAUUUGGAAUCAUAGAUUCUUCUUUUAGACUAAACUAUGUUGGUAUAUAUACCCAGCGUUUUGUUCAAGCAAUUCUCAUUAAUCGGUCAUGUUUUCCAUUAGGUUAAUUUAGAUACUCUGAUUGUGUUAGUUGUCAUUUAUUCUUUGGUUCCAUCAUACAAUCAAUUUUCGAAUUCUAAUUUGGUUACGUAGAUAGUUUUUAAAACAAUGUUGCGAUUGUUUCCGGCCGCCGUGGAUCGGAGAUCGGUACCUGAUGGUGAAGAAAUCUCGUUGAGUUCCGUCCGUGAAGAUGACAUCCAUCAAUUUACAGAAGAAGACUCUGUUUCUGGGGAGAGUUCAGAAGAUGAGGGUGAUUCUUCGUCUGUUUCUGAUUGUGAAAGUGUUACUUCUGCAAAACGAAGCAUCGAACACACCAGAAUCCAAGCAGAUGGGUUGGUUCGAUUGGAUGAGAGCGAUAAAUUGCAUGGAAUAAUUGGGAAAAAGUUCAUAUCUAGAUUGAGUGUUCAUGGGGUUAAUGCUCAAGUUCAAUACAUUCAUAGGAAUCUGUUCAAUGCUGGUUCAAUCUCUCUAGCUAGGCUCAGGAGCUUCCAAAUUUUCACAAAAGCUGUGGAGAAGAAAAAUGGAGGUGAUGCUAACAUCAAGUAUGGUUGGUUUGGUGCUUCAAAAGAUGAAAUCAAAAAGAUUAUUCUUCACGGAUUUGGACAUGAUAACAUUAAGAACAGUGGUUUAUUUGGUCAUGCUGUUGUUCUUUCUGCUGAUCAUUCUCCUCUUGAAAGUAUGGAGUCUGCAAGUCUUGAUGAUGAUGGAAUAAGACACAUUUUGCUUUGCCGUGUUAUAUUGGGUAAAACGGAGCUUGUGAAUCCAUUUUCAACCCAAUGCCAUCCGAGUUCUGAGGAUUUCCAGUCGGGUGUUGAUAACUUGGCGUCUCCGAAGAAGUUUGUCGUGUGGAGCAGUCAGAUGAACACUCAUAUAUUGCCCGAAUUCGUCAUAAGCUUCAAGACACUAUCCACCAUAAACAGUGAGUCGAGGCCUCAACUAGAUGGAGUUCAUCUUCGGAAACCCGUUUCUCCUUGGAUCCCGAUUCCAGAUCUCAUUGCAGCACUUUCCAAGCUUUUGCCUCCUGAAUCCAUGAAGGAAAUCACAAAGUAUCGCCGUAGUUACAUUGAGCAUAAGAUAUCUAGACGCGAUAUGAUACAAGGAAUCCGAGAAUUCACUGGAGACAGACUGUUGCUGAUGGUCCUAAAAGAUUUCACAGAGCAGCGACGACAUGGCCUUGGUGGGAAAUUUGAGUCGAGAUCCGAUCUAUUCAAGUAAAGGUCGCGGGAAGUGCUAGUUUGCAGGUGGGAAUAAAACGAAAACCGAAAGGAGACUCAAGGGAUUCUGUCUUAGAUGUGGUAGGUUACGUUAUAAAUGUACCCCAUACAAUUCGAUGAAUUAUAGGGAUAUGGAGUUCAAGAUUUUAUCGUUUUGGAUGCAAUCAAGCAAUGGAUCUCUGAUAUAAAAUCUUUGCCUUUUUCGAUCUUGGCCUCUUUCGUUGCAAUCAAAAAAUGCAUCUUUCAUGUGAAAUCUUUCGUUCCAUGCCCUCUUUCGUUGGAACUGGGUACAACACUCGGAUGUCAUGUAGUACGAGGAAUGUUGAAAUAAAAACCGUACAUAUUUUGAGGAUCU